AUGUUAACUAAACAAAGAAUCAAAGUAGAAUUAUAUGUCAGAGAGAUUGGAAAUAGAUUUGAACACUUUAUAUCAAUUUUCUUUCUACCAAUUGCAUUCAUACAAACAAUAAUUAAAUUAGUAAAUUGUUUUACAACCAACAACAAUCAUCAACAAUCCAUCAAUCCAACAGAAGAAGAAACCAAUAAAACAGUAUGUUUCAGUUGUAGAAUCACCCUGAAAAUUGAUUUAAUAUCCAAAAACUUAAAUUCAAUUCCAGACAGAGCAUUUUAUUUGGCUGAUAGAUAUUUAUUCCAUUCUCCGUUUUGCUUGUUAAAUAAAGUUGGUUAUAAAAAGCUGCAAUAUAUUCUUGAUGGAAUUUAUUUGAGUAGAAAUGAAGGCUAUAAUGAUUACUUACUAAAGGAAGCAAAUAUCAGCAAAACUGCUAAAGAUAAUAUAAAGAAUAAUAACAGUAUUAAUAAUAUGAACCACGUAAGAGAAUUGGAAGCGCCGAAGGACAAAUCGUUGCUUAAUACCUUUAGCCAGCAAGAAAGCAAGUCCCAAGAAUCUUCAACUACAAACCCCCUUCAGAAGGUCACAUCUAUGGAAAUAAAGAGACCCAAUUCUAGUCCAACCGGCACCAAAGGUAAUACCAAAACCAAACUUUCAUUUCUGAUCCCGGCCAAUAGUAAUAAGGUGAUUCUUCAACUAAAAGGUAAUCGAAGUAAUCAUUUCCAAACAGUAACAAGUUCAAUAUCUCCUCACGAUACCGAAUAUGUUGCUCGCGUAUCAGAAGCAAUACGGAAAGUAUUCUCAAUUGAAAAUUAUGAUGAUGGUUCUUUAGCGCCAAUAAUUUUACGAUUAUCAUGGCAUUGUUGUGCAACGUAUAAUAAGUAUACGGGAAUUGGAGGAUCUAAUGGUUCAACCAUGAGAUUCGUGCCCGAAAUUACUGAUGAAGGAAAUACCGGUUUAGAUAUUGCUAGAGGUGCUUUAGAACCUAUUAAACAACUAUUCCCCAAGAUAUCUUAUUCUGAUUUAUGGACAUUAGCUGGAAAAAUUGCUGUUGAAGAAAUGGGUGGACCAACCACAAUAGAUUGGAAACCUGGAAGAGUUGAUUGUCGUGAUAAAGAAUUUGUUCCUCCAAACGGAUAUUUACCAUUUGCUGACAAAGAUGUCAACCAUAUUAGAACCGCCUUUGAAAGAAUGGGAAUGAAUGACAAAGAAACCGUUGCACUUUUGGGUGCACAUUGUCUCGGAAGAUGUCAUAAACGAUUUAGUGGCUGGGAAGGAAAAUGGACACCACACCCAAUUUCAUUUACAAAUGAAUUUUUCAUAGUAUUAUUAAAUGAAAAAUGGACUUUGGGUACAGUUCCUGAAACUGGAAGACAACAAUUUUAUAAUGAAGAUCGAUCUUUAAUUAUGUUGAAUACAGAUAUGGAAUUAUUAAAUGAUGAAAAUUAUUUACGGUGGGUAAAAAUAUUUGCUGAAGAUAAGGAUAUAUACUUCCGAGACUUUUCAGAGGCAUUUGGUAAAUUAUUAGAAUUAGGAAUUGAACGUGAUUCUAAUGGAAUGGUUCUUCCCAAGAAGAGAUAUUAG